UCUUCCCCUCUCUCUUACUCAGCCCGAGCUGUGUGCUCCCCGCCCCCCGGACCCCAGCCCGCAUCUCUCGCCGGCGGAGCGCGCCUGCGCCCCGGGGGAGAGGACGCCAGGAUGGCCAAGGCCAGCGCCGCCGAGCCAUUCUCGAUACGGGGGUUCGCCACGAGGAUGCGGGCCGUGGACGCGGCCGCGUGCUACCCGUUCGGCGGCGAUGGAGCCUGCUGGGUGGAGGGGGAGCCGCCGCUGCCGUUUCCGCCGAUGGACCCGACGCCGCGGUCCCGUUGGUGGAAGCACGAGCUCGCGGCGGUGCGGGCCCGGCUCUCGGCAGGCUCCAAUGGCGGAGAGGCUGCGACAGCCGGCGGCGAGGGUGGCGGUCUGCGGAGGGGGACCAAGAGGAAGGAAUCCCGCUCGGGUUCCGCGGCCGAGAGGGCCAAGAAACGGCGGCGCAUGCUCCAAUUUAGGUCCUUUCUGAAGAACAAGGAGAAAACUUCUAAGCCUCAGUCAACAUCUCGUUUACAUCAACACAUGCUGCAUAUGGCAUUGUUGAGAAAACAUAGAAGUUCUACUGUUUGUACAAGGACAGAACAUGAAUCAAGGAAGAAACUGGAUGAGGCAUGGGAUUGUAUACUACUUCAUGAAAGCAGUGUGAAUAAUCAAAGCAGAGAAAGAAUGGACCCUUGUAAUGAAAUGCAUAGUAACCUUUUCUGGAGAAAGGAACUAAAUUCCUCAGUAAAUAAGCAAGGCAUAGAAGUCAGUGAGUCAACUAAUUGUCCAGCAAAUACUGGCUGUGAAGUAGUGGUGAAACAUGCUACAGGGCCCAAAGAUGAUAUUUUUGGAGAUCUCCCGCUCCUGGAAUUGGAAAGCUCCAAGACUAUGUUUCGAACAGGUGUUGAUGAACUUCCGACUGUUAUAGAAGAAUCGUUCAUAACAAGUCAAAGUGAAGCAGAUUCUAUACCAGAAGCUGUACCCUUGAGACUGAUAGAUGCAUCUGACAUCACUGUUCAGACGCCAUCUCCUCUUGUUGAUUUGGUGAAAAGUGAAGUAAAUCCGCACAACGAGCCAGCAUUCAUCUCUCACAGUGAUGUUGCAGGAAGUCGCCCUUCCACUGUCCGGAUGGAUGGUCUGCCACAUCAUAAGAACAUCAGCGUAAUGGAACCAGAUCCUGGUAAUAUGCAGUUGAAAUUUAACGGGUCUGCCUUAAGUACUAAUUCUGACCUGAGGUCAAAAUGUGGUUCUAGAAACCCUCUGCAGGGUUGUUCUGAUGCGAAUAAAAAUUGCUCGAAGGAAAUAAAGAAACAUAGUACAAGUUCUACCAGUUCACCCGCCAUGAGAACCAGAACUGAAGCUACUAAAUGUAAAGAUGCAUUGGUUAAGGGCAAGAAGAGUACUGAUAUCGCUGCAGUGGUUGCACUACCUGCACCCAUGAACCAUCUUUCCUCUCAAGUCAGCGUGUUGCCCUCUGCAGUAUCACAAGGGGUUUUCAGCACAAGAACUAAUGCAGAUGACAUGUCUUCAUUCAGAAGUAUGCCUGCCAAGGAAUGCAUCCCGUCUACUAGACCUUUUGGUAUGCCUGCCAAUGAAUGCGUCCCAUCUACCAGACCUUCUGGUAUGCCUGCCAAGGAAUGCAUCCCAUCUGCCAGACCUUCUGGUAUUCCUGCCAAGGAGUGCAUCCCAUGUACCAGACCUUCUGGUAACUUCAGAAGUAAUGUUGAUCCAUGUGUGCCACUGUCAACAAAUAACCAGGGGAGCUGGUCCUCAAAACCUCACCUGAUUUGCAGUCCUGCUAACAUUGGAAUGGCUUUUAUGAAGCUGCCUGGCCUUGAAAGAAUGGAGAUCUCAAACUGCAAUGUAGAGAUAGGUGAAAAAAAAUAUAGGAACGCACAAUCAAUGAACACAGUAAGAUUCCAGAAACAACAGUUGGUUAGUGGCAUGACUAAUGCGAUGCAAGGUCAGAAAAAGAUCGGUCUAAGCAACUCUCAAGCUGGGAAAACAGUUCUGGAUGGUUGUCUGGGGCAAGGUGAUCAUCAUCUGCAGCAACCCACGGUGCGUUUGAUGGGUAAGACUGUCUCAGUUUGUAACCGUAGCAAGGAUCAUAAUGUACCAACUAUGGGGAAAGUGAGUCCAGACAAUAUCCCCAUCGAAUCAAAUUACCUCUCCACAGCCUUCCGUCAGUUGCCCCAGAAGAGAUCGUUCCCUUGUCAGGAUUCUGUUAUACCAAGAGUGCAUAUAAAUGAUUCUUCAGAUUUUUUGGCAAGGAUUCCUAACAAUAAUGUGUCAGGGCAAAAUACUAGUUUCAGUGGUCUCCAUAACCAAAAGCUGCAACCAAAAAAUACUGCUUCUCCAACCACAAAAGAUUGCACUUGGAAUUUUGGUAGUCAGUUUCCUCAUCAAGCUGAACUCAAUAAUGCAACUAUGGUCAGCGCCAACUCCAAGACCAGGCAUCUAGAGCUACGUCAACCACCUCAUUUGACAAGCAUUCCUCAGAAUCAACAGUCUCAAAUGUGGACUCCUGCAUCACACAUGAGUAGGAAAGAUCACAGUUUUGUGGGCUCAGCAGCAAACCAAUGUUCUCCUGCUCCACAGUUGUUGAUAAAGGCAAGCAUGAAGGAAAAAUAUCAGAAAUCCACUUUGUUGUCUUACGACGAUCCUAGUUCCGUGCCUAUUCGCCAACCCUACCAGAUACCUGGGGAAAAGUUAUCUUCUGCAUCCGCCAUAUCCUUUCUUGACUAUGGUGUGGAUAAUUCUUUGUCCAGAAGCUCUUCUCCUGGACUGAGUCUUUCUCUUACAACAGGUUUUGCAAAUAAGUCUGUUUCAAUAGGCAGACCAACUUGUAUGGUCAAUCUUACAAACACAGAUGGUAGGAAUGAUGCUGGCUUUGCUGAUCCAAUAAGCAAUGGACCAGCUUAUACAGAGAAUGUUUCACAGCAACCUGCAAAGAGACAACUUGUUACAGAUAGACAGGAUUUUAUGUCUAUGGAUCUAAACAUUGCGAGCCAUUCACCUGGCUGGUCACUUAGUGAUGCAGUUGGUCCUCGUGUACUUGAUUUUAGUAAAAGAACAGCAAGGGAUGUCGUGCAAACAGUAAGAAAUGAAAGCAACAAUUCAAGGGCCAGUUCAGGUCCAGUUCCGCCUAUGGAAACAAGGUUAAGGGCUGCGGUGGUUGCAGGAGUCAAUACCAUGUUGAGGCCAGGUCAAAACCUGAAUGAUCAUUCCAAACUGCUAUAUUCCACAAAAUUUUCAGUCAAUAGUGGUGUUAAUUCAGUUGUAUUAUAGUGGAAAGCAAGAAAGAAAUAACCAGUUGUCCUCAUUCAAGUUAUAGUUCUGGAGUUUUUCAGCAUUCAGGCACAGGGAAGUUGUAGGAGUUCCACAUUUGCGAACAUGUAGUUAGCAAUCGAUGGAUUGCUUAAUUCUUGUAACUUUUCCUAUCAAAUGUGCAAGAUUAUUUGAUUGUUUGAUUACUUAUCAUGCCAUAUCUGACACAAGCUUGAGGGCACUUGAACUGUACAGAUUGUAACUACUUGAGUAUUUUGUGGGCAUUCUAUUUCUAACAGUAUUUGCUAUAACCGCACUUGAUGCACAGCAGUUCAACUGUUGUA